GCACUUUCCGGGGCUCGCAGCAUUCCGUUAUAAACAAGGCGGUGGCGCUCUUUUCUUAUUUUCCCCUCUUUCGCUCCACCCCCCCUCCGGCCGCGCCAAAGUGGUUCGUCCCGAAGUCGUUUGGGCGGGCCCACGAGAGUCAGCGGGUGCGCGAAAGGGGUGGGAAGCAGCGGAAGAAGGAGGCGUGGCACCCCUCCGAGCGCGGGGGUGGUGCGGCCCGCGGCCGCGUCUUGAAGCGAGGCGGGCGAGACCAAGAAGGGAGUCCGGGGGGGGAAAAAGAAGAAGCGGGACGGAGGAAGAGAGAAGAGACAGGUUGUACCGAAGGGGAGAGAAAGGGAAGGAGGCCGAAACUGAGAAUAAAAUUAAGCAAGAAAGAGGUGGAGGGAAGCCCUAAGAUGGCGUCGGCCGGACCCGAAUCUGGGGGGAGCAGCAGCAGCGGCGGCGGCGGCGCCACAGGGGCACCAGGAACAGCAACAUUUAAGAAAUCACUGGAGGUGCCGGGUUCCUCUGGCUAUUCAUCACAGACAAUAAAGAAAGGGCACAGGGGGGUGGACUCCACUGGCGAAACCACCUAUAAAAAGACGACGUCCUCCGCCCUGAAAGGAGCCAUCCAGCUUGGGAUCACCCACACGGUGGGGAGCCUGAGCACCAAGCCUGAGCGAGAUGUCCUCAUGCAAGAUUUCUAUGUGGUAGAAAGCAUCUUUUUCCCAGGUGAAGGCAGCAACUUGACACCGGCCCAUCACUACAAUGACUUCCGCUUCAAGACGUACGCCCCAGUGGCCUUCCGCUAUUUCCGGGAACUGUUUGGGAUCCGACCGGAUGACUACCUGUGUUCCCUCUGCAGUGAGCCCCUCAUCGAGCUGUCCAACUCGGGGGCCAGUGGCUCCAUCUUCUACGUCUCUAGCGACGACGAGUUUAUCAUCAAAACGGUUCAGCACAAAGAAGCCGAAUUUUUGCAGAAACUGCUGCCUGGUUAUUACAUGAACUUGAACCAAAACCCUCGAACGCUCUUGCCCAAGUUCUACGGCCUCUACUGCGUCCAAGCGGGAGGCAAGAACAUCCGGAUCGUGGUGAUGAACAACCUGCUGCCCCGCUCGGUCCGCAUGCACCUGAAGUACGACCUCAAGGGCUCGACCUACAAGCGCCGGGCCUCGCCGAAGGAGCGCGAAAAGGUCUUCCCGACCUACAAGGACCUGGACUUCAUGCAGGACAUUUCUGACGGCCUCUUCCUGGAUGCCGACAUGUACAAUGCCUUGUGCAAGACCUUGCAGAGGGACUGCUUGGUGUUGCAGAGUUUCAAAAUCAUGGAUUACAGCUUGCUGGUGGCGAUCCACAAUCUGGACCAGGCUCAGCGGGAGCGCGCCGUGGUGGAUGGGGCCUCCCAGGCGGACACCCGGCGGCCAGCGGCCCAGAAGGCCCUCUACUCGACCGCCAUGGAGUCCAUCCAGGGGGAGGCCCGGCGAGGGGGAACCAUCGAGACGGACGACCAGAUGGGGGGGAUCCCAGCACGGAACGCCAAGGGGGAGCGGCUUCUCUUGUACGUGGGGAUCAUCGACGUCCUCCAGUCGUACAGGUUCAUUAAGAAGCUGGAGCAUUCAUGGAAAGCGCUUGUUCACGACGGGGACACGGUGUCGGUUCACAGGCCCAGCUUCUACGCCGAAAGGUUCCAGCGAUUCAUGUGCAACAUGGUCUUUAAGAAGAUUCCUUUAAAAUCUUCUCCUUCAAAAAAGAGCCGGUCUGGGGCAGGACCUCCUCGACGGUCGUGCCAAGGCGGAGCCCCAUCCCAGGCGCAAGGGCUGUGCGAAACCAAAGUGCAGGUCACCAUGGAGGCAGACGUGGAGCCGGGUUCCCAGCUGGGCCGCCCUGACCUCCUGCCCCGGACUCCCCCCGCCGAGGAAGCCAACAGUGACUCGGCUGCCACCACCUUGUCCACCUCUUCCCUGGGGAGCAGGGGCCACAAUUCACCAGCCAACAGUGCUUCACCAGGACCCUCCGUGCCCGAACGGCCAUCUGAGCUGACUGAACAGUUUGAAGAACUGCCCGAGACAGAGAUCAGCUUUUGAAAUUAUCAGAGGGGACGGAUUUUUCUCCUUGUGUGGACAGGAUCAGAAGGCCUUUUUUCUGCACCUUGCGUGGUCUGUGGAGUGAUGAUGGACCUUCCGCUUUUCUAGACCAUCAGCAAGACCUAGAACUAACUCCAACACCCUCACGAUAAACGGACCGGAAGGCUGGGCCGCCGCCCCCCCACCCCACCCUGCUGGUUCUGUGGCGCUGCUGCUGCCAGCGACGUACCAUUUCCCGGAGCACGUUGGCUCUCUGGAAGAUCCCCAGUAGUUUUGAGGCUGUGGUCGAAGAAGGGCUUCUUCUGCCUUGGGGCGGAGGGCUUGGACAGGCCACGGGCCAGGAAGGGACCGGCGCCCUUCCACGUGGCCAGGUGGCACCCAAAGGAGAGCCGGGCCUUCCAAGCUGAGGCCACCGCUCUCUCUGCCUUCUGGUUGUCCUGCAGGAAACACUGGGGUCUCUGCCGACAUUGCCCUGCCUGGGAAGAGUUUGCCAAAGGUGAACAUUGUCUUUCAUUCUCUUCUUUGCUGUCUGAAACCUAUUUAAAGUGUCUGGUUUCCCUCCCCCCCUUUAUUGCUGGAUCAAGGUUUCCCUUUUGAGUAAGUGGUUUUUGGUCAGGACCUGUCUGGAACGCUUUUAGGGAAUUGGGGGGGGGGGCAGAAUAAUAGUCAGGGAGGGUGAUCCUAAAAAAACCCAGUGCCCGACCUCCCUUCUCUCCUUAGAUGGCCACCCACUUGAGGUGACACAAGGGCCUCACCCCCCCCUUCCAAAACACAGGGUGCUUUAUCUCCAGCUGGGUGUUGAUGGAGCCAUUUCAAGUACAUGGGACCAAACGUUUAUCUCCCACACCCUUUGUGGAGAGGGGUGAGCAGAGGACACUUUUUUCUUUCUCAGUAUUAAGCCCUUUCAAGGGCUCGGACUUAUAAAGCCUUCUGGAAACUCCUGUUUUCUAAUUAUUUUAAAGAAACAGUUCCACUCCAAUCCUGUGAAUUCCCCCCCUCCCCGGGAAUCAUUUUGCUCUUUAUAUAAAAAAAUGGCCAACCCAUUUUUGCUGCUGCUGCUUAAUCCAGUGGCCAUUAAAAUUUCUUUUUAACCGUUUUAGCAGUUGGGAUGCUGUUGGGUUUUGAAUACUUCAUUUGAGGGAGGAAGAGCCAUCCAAUCCUCUGCGUCGCCUUGAGGAAGAGGCUCCUGGACUAUUUGGGAUAGGCAUUCUGCAGGGGAAGAGGGGAGAGAGAAAGGCCUAGAUCUAUUUUUUUUGGGGGGGGGUUGAAAUAAAAAAAAUGAAAUCUAUCCCUGUCACCCCUUAAAAACAGUGUGUUUCUCCCUCGCUUGGCUUUUCCGUGACCUAGUGCUACUGGGGGUUACAACGGGCCAUAGUUCAACUCAAGGAUUUCAUGGCAACGUGUGGCCACAAAAUCCCACCGUAGUCAGCGCACCAGCGGGGAUUUUAGCGCUGAAAAUGGAAGGAGGAACGAUGGGAUGGGAGAGAGUCCUCCUCAAGGUAAAACACCUGCCUUUCCCCCUUAGCUGAGUGAACUCCAAUUCUCUGAGUUAUAUUCAAGUAACUGUCUAUAUUAGACACUCAAGAACUCUUCGGGUAUAUCCUCACAAUUCUCUAUUUUUAUUGUACCUGGAGGAAAGGACGCAAGUUUCUUGGUUUGGCUUUUGUUAAUUUUUAUUCAAAAUGUUACUAUUUAUGAACUUGUAUUUAAGUGUAUUAUCUUCCUGACCCCAUCCCUUGUGGGGGGGGGAGCAGAGAAAAUUAGCUCUGCAAGAGGGUGGGGAAGAGAACAGACUCCCACCCUCCCUUUUUCUAUAGCAUAUCAUUAGAGGUGUUUGCUUUGAACAAUGUUAAGAAAAAUGGGAAGUGAAGAGAGUUUAUUUUUUAAAAGAAGCCAGCCUCCCCAUUAGGCUGUCCAGAGGUCAGCUCAGCCUCAUGAAGAAAACUCUGCUGGACCCGAACUCUGGAACCAGCUGCUCCUUUGACGUGGCGCCCGAUGGAUGGCCAGAGGCGUGGGAACCGGAAGGCGCCCAGCAGGAUCCCUGCCUCGUUCCUGGCACCGAGGGGUGGGAAUUCCCAAACAUCAUAUCCAUCUCAACGUGCUGUGUCGUGAAUUUGUUUUCACUCUGGACCCUUGUAUUGUUUUUUUUAAAAAUAGUACUAUUUGGAAGACUAAUGGCUGCCUGUUUAAAUGGACACUGAAUUCCCUGCCAGAAAAACACGCCUUCCUUUUCCAUCGGCCUCCUCUGUUCCUAGAAGGGGACAUCAACCUGCCAUGUGCCACUCAGCUCAAUAAAGCUAUCUUCAUUUCUUUUUC